CCUGGGCCAACCAAGUAAGAAGAAGCAGCUCUUAGCUCUUAUGUCGAUAUGAGCUUUUAUAAUCUCAAUUGUAAUGGAGGAAAGUUCUUUCACCAUGUCCUUAAUAGUGGCCGAUAGUGAUUAAUAGUGGCAAAUUUCUACGAUUAAUAUUUCGCUUUGUCGAACAGAGUAACGCUUUUUUUUCAGACAGAUUCUUUUCGGAUAAAAACGCAUUGAAGAAGUAUAAUUUUUUCGAUUUUUUAGCUGGUGGAGCUAAACAUUACCUUUAUAAUAAUAAAGAUCUCCUUUGAUAAAAAUACCGUAAAAUUAGUUCUUUAUUUAAUUAAAUUAUAUGUGGUGACAAAAUGAAUCACUUAUUACAUACGGUUUUAUUUUUGUUUAUCAUUACAAUGGACAUUGCUGUCGCAGAGUUUUCAGCGAAUGAUUGUAAGAUUUUGGGAUUUAAUAAAGCCAAUGUGCUCUGCUCGACCUGCAAACAUUUUGCAGAAUCUGAUCUAGAAAAAAUUUAUACUACAUGUAAGGAAUGUUGUCUAAAAGAUAACGAUUACGAAUUGUCUGGAUCAAAACGCUAUCCCAAAGCUAUCCUUGAAGUGUGUACGUGCAAAUUUGGACAAUAUCCACAAAUACAAGCUUUCAUCAAAAGCGACCGACCAAAAAAGUAUAAGAAUCUCAACAUAAAGUAUGUAAGAGGUUUAGAUCCGAUCAUUAAGUUGUAUGAUGCAGAAAAUAAAGUUGAAGAUGUACUCGAUAUACACAAAUGGGAUACAGAUUCUGUAGAUGAAUUUCUGUCGACUCAUCUUUCUAAGGAUUAA